AUGGAUGAUGUCGACCACCAAGUCGAGCUGCAGGGUUGUGUUGUUCUUUUUGCCAAUCAACGCGACUUGCUUCUCCGCAAGCGCGUCUCGUUAAACCGCAACGCCGACUUCCGCGCUUUACUUUUCGACGUGGACCCUUUUUGGAACUGCUUAAGAUUGAAGAUGAGGGGGCUAAUACCACGGCGAGCUUGCAGCUGCGCCCUCAGCGGCAUUGGAGUCGCUCGGCCGCUGCGUUUGGCGAGCGCCAUUCCGUCAGCUGGUGCGAGGCGGAUCACGUUGACAAACCAAAGCUUCAUCUCGAUUCCUCCAUCAAUACGUCCGCUCUCAUGCACCGCGACUGUUCGGACAUCUCCCGAAGAGCAAUCUCCUCCACACUCGCUGUCGCCACCAAUACCGCCCAUCAAGCACUCUGCAGCAUCCACAUUCUCGCUCCGUCCUUACCAGGAGGAAUGCAUUCAAGACUGUCUGUCCACACUCGAGAGUGGAGUCACUCGCAUUGGUGUCUCUUCUCCCACAGGCUCUGGUAAGACCACCAUCUUCACCCACCUCAUCGAUCGUCUCCCUGCACGCUCCGAUACCGGCGGCGAUCGCGUUCUCAUCAUCGUCAACUCGAUCGAGCUCGCAUUGCAAGCGGCCAACGCCGUCACUAGUAUGUUUCCUGAAAAGUCGGUCGAGAUCGAACAAGGAUCCAAGUACAGAGCUUCCGGGCUGGCGGAUGUGACGGUGGCGACGUAUCAGACGUUGAAUCGGAGUCAGCAGCGGUUGGACAAAUUUGAUCCGGAUGGGUUCAAGGCGGUGGUGGUGGAUGAGGCUCACCAUGCUGCUGCUCCAUCGUAUCUCAAGGUUUUAUCGCAUUUCGAUUCGCUCAUCGGACUGAGCGCAGACGAACGUCAAGAUCAGUCUAGCGGCAGUGACACCGCAAGCGUGCCGGUGAUCGGCUUCUCCGCAACAUUCAGCAGACACGACGGUCUAGCUUUGGGAAAAGUAUUCGACCGCAUCGUAUUCCACAAAGACUUUCUCGAGAUGAUCGGCGACAAGUGGCUCUGCCCUAUUCGCUUCACCUCGAUCAGAACCGACAUCGAUCUCGCCUCGGUCAAAAUCUCCAACCUCAACUCGGACUUCGCCACCUCCUCCCUCGCUUCCGUCGUCAACACCGAGGUGGUCAACAGAGUCAUCCUCAAAGCAUGGAUCGAUCGCGCACACACCCGUCGUCGUUCCACCCUCAUAUUCGCCGUCAACAUCGAACACGUUCAAGACCUCACCUCUACCUUUCGAGAAGCAGGUAUCGACGCGCGAUACCUGCACGGGGGUACACCCAUGCUCGAACGUCGUCAGCUGCUAGAGGAUUUUCGAAACGGCGUCUACCCCGUGCUCGUCAAUUGUGCGAUCUUGACCGAGGGUGCCGACGUUCCUGCGAUCGACUGCGUGCUGUUGGCUAGACCGACUCGCUCGAGGAACCUGUUUUCACAGAUGAUCGGACGUGGGUUGCGACUGUCGCCCAAGACGAGCAAGAAGGACUGUUUGGUGCUCGACAUUGUCGGAAACAUCGAAAAGGGCGUCGUCUGCACACCGACGUUGUUCGGACUCGAUGCGGAUGACAUCAUCGAAGACGAGUCAGCAGAAGGCCUUCUGGAACGAUCACACGAAGCAGAAGGUUUCGCUCCUUCAGACGUCGAAAACGCCCAGGAUCCGUUCGGAAUCUCUCUCGCGGAUCCAACGAAGAUCACCUACAUCGACUACGAAGAUCCGUAUCAGCUCCAACAAGCCAUGCUGUCCCGAUCGAGCGUGGUCGAGAUAAUGUCUCCCAACGCGUGGGUCGACUGUGGAGGACAGACGUACAUCCUCGACGUGCCACGCUAUGGCUUUGUCACCGUCGAACGCAACUCCGAACCCACUGCAGAGGAGGAUGUGGAAAAGCCGGAGUGGACAUCCUGGUUUACACCGACCAACUCGGACGCCGACGAAGCAGCCGCUGCCUCUGGUCGUGCUGCCUCCUCCGGCUUCCGCGCUAACCGCGGCAAGUUCGCCGGUGAGUCACCCUACCGUCGUCCACGACACAUCCUCUUCUCCCCCACACUCGAACAGGCUGUUCGCGGAUCAGAUCUGUACGUCCAGAAAUCCGUUCUGCGCAACUCACCCCAGCUGUUCGCCAUGCUCAACCGCCGAGCUGCGUGGCGCAGCACGCGCGCGACCGAUUCACAACGAAAGCUCGUCGAAAAACGUCUCGGCCUAUCCAAAGGCGUCGCCCAUUCUACGGAGGAAGAGGGUGGAGGGAAACCGAAACGCAAAGCACUAGAUUCCACCUCGCAGCUGACAAAAGGUCAGGCGUCAAUCGUUCUCACCAGGCUGCUGCACGGCGCAAAGGGAAGAUGGAAGGAUCGGGUCAAGAAGGCGAACAAAGUGUGGAGACAGGAGGAGAAGGAAAAGACGAGAAAGCGGAGAGAGACUGUAAAGGUCACUCGAAGCCGUCUCGUUCAGGCGAGACAACCCGAGACUCUCCCGACUCGCCGGAAUCACCGCCGUUACUCAUAUAGCCGGUUAUUUGCCCAGGCACACACGGAUGUUGAUUACAUGUGUGGCGGCACGGUCGUGCGUUUCAUCCGAAUAUCCGACGGACGGGUUGUUGGUCGUGUGACCCGAACAAAUUUGUGUAGCAAGAGUAACAACCGGGCAGCUGUUGUAAAGGGGAAUCGAGCGUUCGGUCGGGAGAAGUUUGGUGGUUGGCUUGGAUGA